CUUCUCUGCCCUGCAGUUUAUUCUCUCCCCAGCUGCACCUGCUCCUCCAUCAUCACUUGUCAUAUCCAUUCAGGAAAAACCGGCCAAGGUUGUGUUCAUGACUUCCUUUAUGGACUCUUAAUGAUCCCUGACCAUACACACACAAACACAUUAGAGGCCCUCUCGCUUUAACUUGUCUAUUAUAUGUAAAGUCUCCCUUUGUGUUACCUGUUGACAAGCCUUGCAUGGCCUUUGGCACGUACACCUCCUCUCUCAUUCAGAUGUUCUCACCUUUUGUCAGCUGCGGUCUUCACACCUGCUGGUCAGAAAGGGAGAGAUGGACACAUCAGAAAGCAAACAGGUCUUCUCAAAGUAAAGGCAUCGAUGUGUAAGGGGCUCUCCUCAUGCCUGGAGAAGGCAAAGGAGAUGCGGGUGAAGUUAAGCCAUCUGGCUGAGCCACAUCACAAGCACAAGGUUCACGGUGGGAAAGCUCCCCAGGACCUGGAGACUCUGCUCAACAACAGAAGUGGUCUGCAGGUGUUUCGUGGGUUCCUUCGUUCAGAGUUCAGUGAGGAGAACCUGGAGUUUUGGUUGGCCUGUGAGGACUACAGGGUUUCUCCCCCACACCUGAAGAAGACCAAGGGCAGCAGCAUCUACAGCCAGUUCAUCAACCCUAACGCCCCGCAGGAGGUGAACUUGGAUGCUGAGACCCGGGAGGCUCUGCUGGGUGUGAUGGACUCUCUGGGUGCCGACACAUUUAACACAGCACAGCAGAGAAUCUACAAUUUGAUGGCCAAAGACUCCUUCCCCAGGUUCCUGCGCUCCAUUCAGUGCAUGGACACCAUACGAGCUAUCUGAAAGCAUGCUGAUUAUUACACUAGACCUGCUUAAGACACAAGUGCUUAUGUAUCUGUGCUGCUAGACAUGCUGAUUGUAUUUCAUGAGUUGUUUUAACCAGUGGCUUUUUUAGUGUGAUUGUAUUGUCUGUCCUUGUGCACUGUGAGCAUUAUGCAUGUUGUUUUUGUUCAGGCAGCUUGUAGUAGUUAACUAGACACAUGAAGAAGUCUCAUAGAAACAUCAUUAUAAAGCUUCACUGAAUCUCUGGAUUGAAUAAGCUACAUUUUACACAGGUAUUAAAUAAAUACCUCAUAUAAUAAAA